GACUUUACAUUCAAUUUGACUGCUUCUUUUAUUAAAUACAUAUUAUCAGACAUCACAUUUACUUUGGUCUACUUUUUCUCAGCUUUGAAACGCAGACACAGUCCUGAAGGUGAUAGUCUGGCCCCCAGUGUGUUGACUUGUCAGGGGGAACUGGAGCACAAACACAGUGGCAAACUGACAGAGAACUUGGGCAUGUCCGACCAUAGCUGCAACCUCAAGGUUUUGCCAACGAAGACGACACAUGACAAGGAAAAGAACAUUUCCUUUUCGGACAUUAAAGAGACAAAGCAGAAGAAAAGCAACGCUGGUGGUAUGUCCAGUCUCAUACACUCCAUGUGUAAGGUUCUGGAGGCCUCUGUGAAGCAGCCUUGUUUGGAGAACACACCCCUGAAGAUCAAGGUCGCUGUAGCUCCCUCAGCCUGCUCCGAAAAUAUUUCACAAACAGAAAAGGACUCAGGAGCGUUUCAGGAGGCUGGAAGCCCAGCGACGAAACUUUACUGUGUGGAUGAAAACAUCGAGCGCAGAAACCACUACCUGGAUCUAGCUGGCAUUGAGAACUACACCUCUAAAUUUGACACAACAGAGACCCCCUCUCUGGACCCAGGACAUCAAACUCACUCUGCUUUUCAGCACCACCCAGUGGCAGGAAGGGAGCACUGCAUCUCCUCCGAGUCCCCUGGAAGCCCCUCAUUCCUCCAUUCUCUCAAGAAUAAGCCGGGGUCAGUGGGCAAAGACAGGAGCAGAGGAGAAGGAAAGUCCUGCAAGCUGCACGGCCAACAUCCCGCUUCAUGGUGCCAUCCGACCCAGUUUCACCCUCCAGCACAUAGUCCCCCCCAUCUUACCCACAGCAAGAGGCUUCGUUCCAGGGUGACAGAGGCUCCCACGCCCCUGAGACAUCCUGGCUCCCUGUUCCAACAAGGGGAGGAGAGGGAGAGGCUCAGUAAACUUCAUCUCCCCGGUGGGGCCCAGAGACAUGAGCAUCAUCACCACCACGAGCACCAUCAUCAUCAUCACCACCACCACUACCACCCUUCAUAAACGCAUUCCAAAUACAUGACACUGGAUUCAGGGGAGAAGGGUUGGUCCUCAAGUCGUCUCCUUUAUAUUCAAUUCACUUAGUGGUGGAAACCGGUUGAGACACUUCUAUCUAAAUCAAACAAAGUGCUGUUAGAUUACCCACACUAGGUCCUGGAAGGUCUGCUCAUUGCCCACUGAAUGACACUUUUAAAGCACUUUAGAUUAUCAGUUUCCUCUCAGGUAGAACAUGAAAUGUAAAGGUGCACUGUGCAGGGUUGUAUAAUGCUUUGAUUUUGAAAUCCUCCCAGCACUGCAUGUUAACAACGUGGUACAUGGAUUGUAUCUAGUCUUUACAGUAUAAGUCACAUUCAUAUAGCACUAAUAUAUGCUGCAUACUAUUAUUACGCGUUUUACUUAUUGACUGAAGGAGCUGGGGAUCAUACGACCGACCCUGUGGUCAGUGGACAACCCGUUCUGUCUCCCGAGUCACAGUAACCUGAAGAAGAUGUCUUCCCUGCUUGAUGGUACUAACAUAAUGCUAAAAUUAAAACAGAGUAUUUCUGUCAUGUAAAUGUUUUUAUUCUGUUAAUUUAUUCUGACAUGAUGAUAUAUUUAUUUCUCUGGCCAAAUGUAAGAAUAUAAAUUCAACAAUAAUUUGAAUAACUCAACUUUUUAUAGUUCACACUUCAUAUAACA